AUGACCACAAACAUGUUGCCGAGUUGUCUUCUACUUCUUUUAUGCCUCCUUCACUGUCAAGCUUCUAUUGCCUUCCCUUCGCCCUUUGCCUCAACCUUUGAUGUUGUGGAGGAAAGCCCCCCUGGAAGUAUGAUUUCAGGCGUGGCAGAUUACCUCAAGAGGAUAGUUCUCCUCCGAGUAGAGAUGCCCAACUCUACCACUUUCCAACUCAUGGGGACAGACACGUUGACGAAGAGUUUUGUGAUCAAUGAGAAGUCAGGAGAUCUGCGAACCUUGGGUCGAAUUGAUCGUGAAAUCCUAUGUAGCAGUGAAGUGGAUCCAAGAAACGAUUUAGCCACUGAUUCCAACUGUUUAAAACCUCUUAAUGUUUUGAUCAAGUCCCAUGGAAUCGGUGGAGCCUCGGGGAGUAGUAUGCGGGAAAAGAUAAUGUUGAGAAUACUUGACAUCAAUGACAACGCCCCCCGAUGGCCUGGAAAACGAUUGUUGACAGUUAAAUUUGUCGAGGCCUUUCAGCCUCUUGCAACGUACGGGAAACAGGAGAUGAUUGCGCAGUCUCAACUCCUGGACCGUGCAAUCGAUCCCGACUGUGGACCAAAUGGGACCGUUUCCUAUAAUCUCAAGGGUACUGGAGCUGAUAUGUUCCGGUUGGAGUACGCGGAUCAGGACGGCGGCCGAUUUGAGCAUUCGGAUGUUAGCAGUCCUUUGCGAAUAAAACCAGUCGUUCCUCUGGAUAGGGAGGUCUUCGAGUUCUAUAAUCUUACCCUUUUUGCCUACGACUCAGGCAACCCGCAACUAUCCAGCAGCAUUCCUCUCCACGUCUAUAUCACGGACGUCAAUGAUCACGCCCCCGUGUUCCAUAGCUACGUCCCCGGUCAUGUGGCAUCCUAUCCACGAGAAAGCAAGCAAGGAGAGUUGGUGAAGUACGUUCCUGAACGGGGCCAUUUGAUGGAGACGGCGAGAAUUGGCAGUGUUGUCCUUCAGCUCAAUGCUACUGAUGAAGACACGGGAGACAACGCCCGCAUUACCUACUCCAUCUUCCCUAGUGACGUGACCUUCGUUCAGCCUUACUUUGCCUUGGACCCUAUCUCUGGCUAUCUUACGGUGAAACAGAGGCUAGACUACGAUUCUGGGCCGCGUCGAUUCACCUUUAAAGUACGCACCCUUUUUUCCUACCUAUUCACAAAAGUGGAUCACGUGAUUAGGGUUGACGUGUUCCAACAAGUGUUGUGUGGUUUGGGGGCGGCUGGGGCAUUUUGUUUGAAUCGCUUUCAGGUGCUUGCCGUGGAUGGGGCUCCUGAACCCUAUCGUCUAACAGGCACCGCACUGGUGGACAUUGAAUUGACCGACUAUAACGACGAACCACCAAACAUUGAAAUUCUCAUCGCUCAAAACGGCAAUGUGAAUGGCAUCUCCAGCAUCAACAUGAAUGGCGGUAUCACGCCAAUUGUUCCACCUGGCUCGAAGCAUCAAGAACUGGUCGCGUAUAUUGAGGAAUCACCGUUGCCGGACAUCGUCAUUGCCUACGUACAGGUGUCAGAUAAGGACGAAAAUGGUGAAGAUCAAGUUGAAUGCCAUCUGGGACCACGUGACAAUUUUACGCUUCAAGCCGACUCCUCUUCCUCUGGUGGUAAGGUGGAUCACUUUGGAUUUGAGACGACUUCUCUGAGCGAGCGACCGAGUAAGAGGAUCAGUGAGUAUCGGGUUUUAGCCAAGGUUCCCUCAGGGAGUGAUCAGUCGACACGCGAGACAUCUAGUCUUCAGGAUCGUUUGGAUCGUGAGACCACACCCAGCCAGUUGCUCACCAUAAUAUGUGAGGAUCGAAAUGGCAAUCAUGCAGAGAUACGAAUUCGUUUGCACCUUCUUGAUAUCAACGAUAAUCCUCCGCGUUUCCUCAACGACAGCUACUUCAACUUCUCUCUUGCCGAGAACCGUGAGCCUGUAGGAAACCAACAAGUUUGGCUGGGUCGAGUUCAGGCUGUGGACCCAGACCUGGGCGAAAAUGCCAGAAUCUCCUACCACCUGGCUCCUGAUCGAAACGCACAUCUCGAUGGGCAAUUUGGAUCGAGUCCACAGCAACUUUUUCGUGUUCAACCAGACACUGGCGACAUCUACGCGCAAGUCAGUUUGGAUCGAGAAAAUGCACCUGAGAAUGGUAUCUACAGCUUCAAUGUCCUCGCUAUGGAUCAUGGAAAGCCUCGACAGCUCACCGGUACUGCUCGUGUUGAUGUGAUCGUGUUGGAUGUGAAUGACUGGCCUCCAGAAUUUACUCGAGACAUCUACACUUUCGAGGUGCCGGAAGACCUUGAACUUCGAGAGGUUGUCGGCGUUGUGGAGGCUGUUGAUAGGGACGCAACUGCUGGAGCCAAUUCCAUUACGUAUCACUUGAAUCCACCUCGUGCUGGAUUGGUUCAACGGUCCCUGAAAAAUGAGACAACAGAACGUAGGAAACGUGACUCCAUGCUGCAACAACAACAGCCUUUAUUCAUGCCGCACUUAGAGCCUUCAAAGGUGAAGGAUGAAAGACCACUUUCCUACUUUUCCAUCGACAGUCGAACCGGAGAGAUUAGAGUCAUUCGAAAGCUCGAUCGUGAAUCGAACGGUUACUUUACCUUUGAAGUCUUAGCAAUUGAUUCUUCAUUGGCUGGAUCAUCUUCUCAGGCGAUUCCAUCAUCUCAAUCAUCACAAUUAACUAGGCGAGGCUUCAAGAGUGGUGAAGUGUUUACAGCAACCGCAACAGUCGUAGUAACGCUGACAGAUGUCAACGACAAUGCACCCGAAUUUCGUUAUCCCAACACCUCAAUUCUCCUCCACAUGGCACCAGGUGAGACUCUGGGCCACAAAAUUCUCACCGUGCAGGCUUCUGAUGCUGACUACGGGGAAAAUGCACGCAUCUCGUACAGCAUUCGCUCCGAGAUUCCCAUUCCACAGGAUGGACCUGGAACCGGUAACUUUGCGAUUGACGAAACAAGUGGACUCAUCUUUCUCACAAGACCCAUUCAAGGGCCCGUGAAUCAUCGUCUUGUCAUCGAAGCCUGUGACCACGGCGUCCAACCAAAGUGUACCUCUUCACCUGCCAUUCAAAUAGCCGUUUCUGAGGAUGCAAAACUCGUCGGUGGCAGUGUUGGUAGUGGUGGCAACGUGGUUGGUGGUGGUGGUGGUGGUGGCGGCGGCGGCGGAGGAGCUAUCAACGUUGGAGGUAGUAUCGGAGGUCGCACUCUUGAUCGCGGUGAUGUCACCGGUUCGGACCAUCGUUUUAGUAAUCUGGACGGUUUUUACGACGGUUUCUAUGACCAGAAUCCACCACAUCGUGUUGAGGUUAUUGCAGCUUGUUUGGUGGUUGUAUUCGGAGUCCUCCUUCUGGCUGCUGUUGUCCUUGUCUGUCUACUCAGACGCCGACCUCUUGUUAACGGUCAGCAGAGACCGAAUCAUCAAAAUCAACAGCAUCAAGAGAGACUCGACUACACCUGUACUCCACUUUGGAACUGUCAGUGGUCGUUUUUCCGACACCAGAAAAGUACCAACGCAAAAAGAAAUGCACAGCGCUACGUACCGGCGCAAACCCAAGAAGUUCUAAACGAUCCACGAUUCUCCGACGGUCAAAGCAUUGAAUCCUCCGUGGCUAAAGGGAUGAUAUCUACCGAUUCCAUCACAAACACAUUGGAGGAGGAGAAGAAGCCUCUCUACUAUGACGGGCUUGGAGUGUUGGCACUCGAUGCAAUGGCUCCAAGAGGGAUUCGACAUCCAGUUGAAUAUUCUACUGCUGAAAGUGGCGGCGGUAGUAGCGGAGGAAUGCCUGUUCCUGUAGUUUUUACUGGACAUCCACCUCGUGUCUAUGGAACCCUACCGGUUGUAUCAACAAUCAUUUCCGACGGUCAGACUGCCACCAGCACGCUCGUAGCUAGACCUGGCUUUCAACCGAGAACUGGAAGAGGUCAUCCAACCAACAUAACCCCUCCCUCUCCCGACUAUCAAAGUCUUGAUCAGCUUGCCGGACGUCCAAUAUGGCAUGCAGGUCCCCAACAUGGUGUUGACAUGUUCGUGGGUUCGCCACGUACCAGUCGUCCAAUCAACAAAUCCGUCUCCUCCUCCUCUGCGAGCUAUGGAUGCCUCAUCGAUCCGCCUUGCAUCAAUACACAGCGUCGAAAUAAUCAUUACGAGGUUUCGUCUAGCGGUAACGGUCGAACGCGUCAACGAAGUGCUACAUUAGGUCGUCUUGGUGCCAUGACAGAAGAAGAAUCUGAGGCAGGCGAAAACGAUGAAGCAAGCGGACCAAUGGGCGGAAAGAGAGGUGGAAUGCUGGCGGGUGGAAGUAGUACCACCACACGAUCUUACUCCCAACUCCAGGCAAACACUGCAGUGGAGGCUGAUGCUAUGGAAAGGGAUCGACCGACACGUUACACCUAUCAGGCGAUUCGGGAAGCGAGUUUUGUGUGA